AUAUACUGGAGAUCGAGAGAUGAGGAAGAUAGCUGUUUCUGAGCUUUUCAGUGUAAAACAGGUGCAGUCGUUCCGGUUCAUCAGAGAAGAAGAAGUUGCUUCACUGAUGGACCUGAUUUCGCAAUCUGCAGUUUUUGCAGCUUCUGUAGAUCUUGAGGAGAAGAUAUUUCUCUCACCAGAAGUAUAAUAUUCAGAAUGUCCUUCGGAAGGAGUUUUCGAGGGAGUACUUUAGAUCAUCAGAAGAAACUCCAGCAGUUGGUUCAUGAAGCUCAGGCUGUGAUGGGAGGCUUCACUGCAAACGAAUACCUUCCUUAUGCGGGUUGGAUCUUCGACUGGAUUACCGGUCUUCAUUCACAAGUGGAGAAAGUUUUCAAGGACAUGAAUACUUUCUUUCAACAUGUUGUAGAUGACCAUCUUAAACCUGGGAGCAAAGAACAACAUCGAGACAUUAUUGAUGUCCUGUUGGCAACACAGAGAGAUGAAACUAAUCAAGAUGGUGUUGUUCAGCAAUCCAAAAAUGAUGUCAUCAAAGCAGCCCUCCUCGACAUAUUUCUUGGCGGAAUAGACACAAGUGCGCUUACAGUGCUUUGGGCCAUGGCGGGGCUCGUUAGGAAGCCGAGGCUAAUGAAAAAAGCACAAGACGAAAUCAGAAACUAUGUUGGAAGGAAACUAAGGGUAACAGAAGACAAUCUUGAUCAUCUUGCAUACCUCAAAAGGGUUGUAAAGGAAACUCGGAGAUUGCAUCCUCCGGCCCCGUUGCUAUUACCAAGAGAAACCAUGUCUCACUGUAAAAUCAGUGGUUAUGACAUUGACCCAAAAACAAUAAUAUACGUUAAUGUCUGGGCCAUAGGAAGGGAUCCUAAGCACUGGAAGAACCCAGAAGAAUUCUCCCCGGAAAGGUUUACUAAUGGCUUGGUUGAUUUUAAAGGGCAGAAUUUUGAGUAUUUGCCAUUUGGAUCAGGUAGAAGAGGUUGUCCAGGGAUUUGCAUGGGGAUACUUACAACAGAGCUUUUACUUGCAAAUCUACUUUACUACUUGCUGCCACUUGUGCAGCUUCAUGUGGCUAUACUUGCUGCUACUUUGCAGCCUCAUUUGCAUUUCAUUACAGCCUCAUUUCAUCAACAUUUGCAGCAUGGUUUGCUGCACUUUGCUGCUACCGUGCUUUGGUGCAGCCUUCCUUCUUCAUUUUCUGCCUCCUGUGCAGCUUUCCUUCCAUUUGCUGCCUCUUGUGCAGCUUUGACACCACAGCUCCAACAAAAACUCCCAGAUGGGGUGAAGGAGGAAGAUAUGGACAUGGAGGAAGAGGUUGGUGUUAGUCUUACUGUGGGCAAAAAGACACCUCUCCUCCUUGUUCCAGUCACUUACCCUCAGUAGACAUCAGAAAAACUCAAAUGUUAUGAGCAUUUGUGAAAAAGCCCCUUUUUAGUCCUUAUACCGAAAAAAUCCCUUUUUUGAUCCUUACUGUUCAUAAAUCCGGCCCCUUUUUGGUCCCUCCGUUAAAUUUUGGCUUACAUGGCAUGUUAACUAACGGAAAAAAUUUUUUUUUUCUUUACUUAAAUUACGUGUAAAAUCCAUUUGGCAAAACUUGAUGACAUGGCCAAAUUUUUUAUUUUUAAUUACCAAUAUACCCUCAUUUUCUUC